AUGUCACUGACAUUGUGCUCUCAGAAGCCACUGGAACCAUUGUACGCUCUUUCUGUGAGCGAGUAUGUGAAUAGACACGAGAAUGGUACCAUGAUCGAACAACGAAAUGAAGAGACUAUAUUAAAACGGUUUAAUGAUCUUCGAACCCCCUUCAAGGCCUGGCCCAUAGCCCAAAUUGAUUCCUUGGCCAAUUCUUUCACCACGACCUGGCUCCUCCUUGUCCCGGUCCCUAAGCAAUGCGAAGAAGUCAUCUUUCCCGCGCUCACUGACAACUUCCGCAUCGAGUUUGAAGAAAGAAUAAAUCUUUCGAACAAGACCUAUUCUCUGGUCAACUUGUCAGCAACACGUGUCAAAAAUCCGUAUGAGGAUAUGGAGACCAUCGUCGGACCAGAAGUCGUGAAGUGUGCGGCCUUCAAUAUCCAAGUGCCACGUGCGGUGAAGAACGACGAAGGUGACCAGGAGGUUCUCGAAUUAAUGGAUCAUAUGAAGACAGCCUCUGCACUUGAUAACUUUGAACACAUUACAUUGGAUCCAACGAGUCAACGACAUGUCUUCAUCACAUGGGAGACGUUUUCGAAUACCUACGAGGCCGAACUAGCUGCACUAUAUCGCCUAACUGGAGGUUGCCAAAUUGAAAGUCGACAGGUCAGCCCAAAGUGCAAGGCUGCUUUUGAGACAAUACUGAAAUUCAAGCGAUCAAACACGAGUGUUGUGAACCUACACGACAUUUUCCCGCACCUUAGGAACCCGCACCACCCAGACCAUAGGGUUCGGAGAGCCAUUCUGCGACGAUUCCGAUCCUUUAAUAAGGACCACGUGGCAGCAUUUCAAGGAUUACAGACCAUACCGAACGGUCUCUAUUUUGUGAAUGGAUGUCCCGGUGCGGGCAAGACAGAAUGGAACAUGGUCGUUUCUGCUCUGAUUCAGUCAGUACGUCGUCCAGGCGCGAAGAGGCGUUACAAUCCCAUUCUAUUUCUCGUCGACCUCAAUAAGACUGUCGAUGAUGCUGCGGACCGUUACUGGACCUUGGCCAAGGAGUGUGGCCUUCAUCUUCGCAUCAUUCGAAUGCACGGCUGGCCUUAUGAAAUGAAGAACAGCGAGAGACUGGGCACGAACCAGGCACAAGACAGUGAACAGCAGGCAGACUUCACAAAAAAGUUUUUGACAACUGGAAGCAUCGCAAAGGCUUUGAACGGAAGAAACCCCAACAAGGCGCCAACGCUGGAUGAAGCUGCCUGGGAGUACUACGAGAAACACAAACAUGGUGGCUUUGUGGCGCUCAAGAAGGUGCUCACGCGAAUGGAGGCUAAGGAAGUCUUGCACCACGACGACUGGAAAUGUCUGCGGAACGAAAUUACCAAACUGUACACCGCGGUUUUGAAGCAGACAGACUUCAUAGCCACGACACCCGUGGCCGCUUAUGGCGGCUUCGCUAAGCUUUUUAAGCCGGAUGUCAUAUUUAUGGAUGAAGCACCCCACGCCAGAGAGCUCACGACGCUCAUACCUAUCGCCUUCUUUGAGCCAAUUGCUUGGAUAUUUACAGGUGAUGUCAAACAGACUCGACCUUUUGUGAAGAGUGGCGAUGCACGCGAUGCCUUGAAGAAAGGGCUUGAGAUGAAUCCAUAUUCUGAGCAGCUACGUCUUAGUCUCAUGGAAAGGGCCAAUCGACUGGGGGCGAUCAAUUGUUCAUUGUUGAUUAACAAGCGAGCGCACGGCAACUUACACAAGCUGCCGUCGGAUCUCUUCUAUGGCGGAAAGAUGUCAUCUGGUUACCCAUCAUCGAAGCAGUUCCCCGAAACGGUUAGCUACCUGAGACGACACCUUGAGGCUCUCGGUAGUGGACAAAGAUUGAACGCGAACCGGGCUGUUGUUGCCCUUUCGGAAAGCAAAGAGGAAAACCAUUGUCAGAGUUUCUGGAACCCUGUGAAUCAUCGUUGGGUCUUGGCUCAAGUCAAAAAGCUUUUGCAGGACGCGGCAUUCCGAACGAUCACAGACGGGAAGCCUGGACGUGUGAUGAUCGAGACACCAUAUAGUGUCUCGAUGCGUCAAUACGCACACGUGGUGAAAGGUUGGCCAGUUGAGUGGCAGGAGAGGACAGAAGUCUUGACAGUAGACAAGGCUCAAGGUAAUCAGGCAGAUGUGGUUUUCCUCGAUAUGGUGAGAACCACAAAGCCCGGUUUCAUGGAUGAGGCACAACGCCUCAACGUGGCAAUAACCAGAGCCAGACAAGCGGAAAUUGUCCUGAUGCACCCUGCAAUGACUUUUCGCUUCCGUCAGGGUAAGCGGGUACCAACUGAUUACACAUCGAAGGUCUGGGAGGAUGCAGUUGCGAACGACCGCUUAUUCGUGGUCUGA